AUAAAAAUUUAAUAGUGAAUUAAAAAAAACGUCACCCCCACUUCCUCUUUCCUUUGUCUCUGAUUCAUAGUCAAUGGAUGGUCAUGGUCUCAUCUCAUCCUCCCAUGCCACCACCAAAAAUCUAUUUCCCCAUUGGUUCAUCAUACCCUUUUCUUCUCUUCUUCUUCUUCACCAUUCUUCUUCACUUCAACCAUCAAAUUCAAUCCAAAGACUCCACCUUUAUCUUCUUCUUCUUCUAACCACCACUAUUACUACACUACCCCCCUUUGUCUUCUCAUGAAAUCAACAUCACAACAACAACAACAACAACAACAACCCUUUACCUCUUACAUGGUUUUUUCCAAAUUAAUGGUCUCUUUCACAACAAUACCCUUAUUCUUCUCCUUGUUUCUUCUCCAUGUCUCUUCUUCUUGUAACCAAAUUGACAAAGAUUUACUCUUGUCUUUCUCUUCAAACAUUUCAAUUUCUUCACCUCACCCACCUCUUAAUUGGUCUUCUUCUUUUGAUUGUUGCAAUUGGGAAGGUAUAAUUUGUGAUCAAAAUAACAACCAUGUUACUCAUCUUUUGUUACCUUCUAGAGGUCUUAAUGGUUUCUUUUCACCUUCAAUUUCUAACCUUCAAUCACUCUCUCACCUUAAUCUCUCACAUAAUAAGUUGUAUGGUAAUCUUCAAACACAGUUUUUUUCACUUCUUAAUCACCUUUUAAUCCUUGAUUUGAGUUAUAAUCAUUUAUCUGGUGAAUUGCCAUCUUUACCUAGCAAUAGAAAUAGCACUAGUGUUGUUGUUGUUGUUGAUUUCUCUAGUAAUUCAUUCAAUGGAACAUUACCAAUUUCACUACUUCAGAAUCUUGCAAAAGGAGGGAAUUUGAUUUCUUUCAAUGUUAGUAAUAACAGCUUCAGAGGUCAAAUUUACACUUCAAUCUUUUGUAUUCAUGAACAUAAUAAUAAUUCAGCUUCUUUAAGAUUCUUGGAUUAUUCUUCCAAUGAUUUUGAGGGUUUUAUUGAGACUGGUUUAGGAGCAUGUUCUAAGUUGGAGAGAUUUAGAGCAGGUUUUAAUUUGCUAUCAGGGACUAUACCAAUUGAUAUAUUUGAUGCUGUUUCCUUAAAAGAAAUUUCACUGCCACUUAAUAAAAUCACUGGAACUAUUGAUGAUGGCAUUGUUAAACUUAAGAAUCUCACUGUUUUGGAGCUUUAUUCCAAUCAUUUAACAGGUUUUAUUCCUAAGGAAAUUGGUAAACUUUCCAAGUUGGAAAAGUUGCUUCUUCAUGUCAACAAUUUGACAGGUACUAUUCCACCGUCUUUGAUGAAUUGUGUCAAUCUUGUUCUGUUGAAUUUAAGGGUCAAUAAAUUGGAGGGAAAUCUCUCAGCAUUCAAUUUCUCUGGAUUUGUAAGACUUGUUACACUUGACCUUGGUAACAAUAGGUUUACAGGUUUUUUACCACCAACCCUUUAUGAUUGUAAGUCACUUGCUGCUUUAAGGCUUGCAUCUAAUCAACUUGAGGGACAAAUUUCAUCUGAGAUGCUUGGACUUCAGUCUCUUUCGUUCUUGUCGAUUUCUGAUAACCAGCUGACGAAUAUCACCGGUGCUCUUAGAAUACUUACUGGUCUCAAGAAGCUUAGUACCCUUAUGCUCUCCAAGAAUUUUUACAAUGAAAUGAUACCAAAUGAUGUGAACAUGAUAAUAGAUUCUGAUGGUUUUCAAAAUAUCCAAGUUCUUGGCUUAGGUGGUUGUAAUUUCACCGGUGAAAUACCAAGUUGGCUUGAAAAUUUGAAGAAGCUUGAGGCUUUGGAUUUGUCCUUUAAUCAAUUAAGUGGCUCAAUUCCUCCUUGGUUAGGCACACUUCCUCAGCUUUUCUACAUAGAUUUGUCUGUUAACCUCCUUACGGGCGUGUUUCCGAUAGAGCUCACAAGACUCCCGGCGCUAGUGUCACAACAGGCAAAUGAUAAAGUAGAAAGGACUUACUUGGAGUUACCUGUCUUUGCUAAUGCCAACAAUGUUUCCCUGCUGCAAUAUAAUCAGCUUUCCAGCCUACCACCGGCAAUAUAUCUGGAAACUAAUAGUCUUAGUGGAAGCAUUCCAAUUGAGGUCGGGAAACUGAAAGUCCUUCAUCAGCUGGACCUGAAGAAAAACAACUUCUCUGGCGAUAUACCAGAUCAAAUUUCAGACUUGGCUAACUUAGAGAAACUAGACCUCUCGGAAAACCAAUUAUCGGGAAAAAUUCCUGAUUCUCUCAAUCAGUUACAUUUCUUGUCUUUUUUCAGUGUAGCAUACAAUAAUCUUCAAGGACGGAUACCAACUGGCAGUCAGUUCGAUACUUUUUCCAACUCCAGCUUCGAAGGAAACCCGCAAUUGUGUGGAUUGGUUAUUCAGCGACCUUGUUCUUCUUCUCAACAAAAUACUACUAGUGCAGGUAGUGGCAGCUCAAACAAAAAAGUAAUAGUCAUACUUAUUAUUGCGGUCUGUUUUGGCAUAGCUACUAUGAUAACAUUGUUGACACUGUGGAUACUCUCAAAGAGAAGGGUCAAUCCCGGAGGAGAUCACGAUAAGAUUGAACUCGAAUCGAUUUCUCCGUACUCGAAUAGUGGAGUUCAUCCUGAGGUUGACAAGGAAGCUAGCUUAGUGGUGUUGUUCCCCAACAAAACUAAUGAAACAAAGGAUCUUUCCAUAUUCGAGAUCAUAAAAGCCACUGAAAAUUUCAGUCAGGCAAAUAUAGUAGGAUGUGGCGGUUUUGGUUUGGUUUAUAAAGCAACAUUUUCAAAUGGAACUAAAUUAGCCAUCAAGAAACUUUCAGGAGAUUUAGGCCUUAUGGAAAGGGAAUUUAAAGCAGAAGUAGAGGCUUUGUCAACAGCACAACAUGAGAAUCUUGUAGCAUUGCAAGGCUACUGCGUGCACGAUGGUUAUCGGCUACUCAUAUAUAAUUACAUGGAGAAUGGAAGUCUGGAUUAUUGGUUGCACGAAAAGGCGGACGGUGCUACUCAACUUGAUUGGCCGACUCGCUUGAAGAUCGCACUAGGAGCAAGUUGUGGUUUGGCCUAUUUGCAUCAGAUAUGCGACCCGCACAUUGUGCACCGCGAUAUAAAGUCGAGCAACAUACUCCUUAACGAGAAGUUUGAAGCACGUGUUGCCGAUUUCGGGUUGUCGCGGUUGAUUCUUCCAUAUCAAACUCAUGUUACAACAGAACUUGUAGGUACAUUAGGUUACAUUCCUCCGGAGUACGGACAAGCAUGGGUGGCUACUCUGAGAGGAGAUGUGUACAGCUUUGGGGUCGUUAUGCUCGAGCUUCUCACCGGAAGGAGGCCUAUGGAUGUAUGCAAACCAAAAAUUUCAAGGGAGUUGGUUAGUUGGGUUCAACAGAUGAAAAUUGAAGGAAAACAUGAUCAAGUAUUUGACCCUCUUUUGAGAGGGAAAGGAUUUGAAGAAGAGAUGCUGCAAGUACUUGAUGUGGCAUGCAUGUGUGUCAACAUGAAUCCUUUCAAGAGACCAAGUAUAAGAGAAGUUGUUGAAUGGCUAAAGAAUGUUGGAUCAACCAACCAACAAAGAAAUAAAGACUAGAGAGGAACAUUUGUGUCCUUCAACACAAAAAUUGUGACAGUAGAUAUGUAUACUUGUGCAAAUUUUUUUUUUUUUUUUGCUUUUUUUUAUAAAUACAGAUUGUCAUUUUUACCAAUUUUAUAUGUUGACUCACCCUGUCAGAAGACUAUUGCCAUAAAGAUUUUGUGAAUUGUAUUUAUGUGAUCAUCCAUUUUCAACUGCAGAAAACUUUGUAUUAUAGAAACUAGUGUCAUUUCUUAUGCAGAAACUAUUCCUUCACAUUUCAUCGGCUUCUAAUAACUAUAUCUUGUUAAGAA